AUGUCUUCCAAACCCUUUCCGGCGCCCAUCAGCGGCACCCUCCAGCUGUACCGCCGCACGCCCAUCGCCUUACCCUACUUUGACACGAACGCUUCUCUCCCCCAUUCACUGGUCUUCGUCCCCGGCCUGAGGGACACAAUGGGUACCCUGCCCUAUCUACCUGCGCUUUCGCGCGUCGCUGGGGAGCACGGCUUCUCGCUCGUUCUCCCGCAGCUGUCGUCCAACAUGGGCGGCUAUGGGCAGUGCACGCUCGAAGGGGAUGCGCAGGAGAUGGCGAGCUGUGUCGCGCACCUGCGCCAGCAGGGGAAGAGUGGCAAGAUGGUGCUGAUGGGUCAUUCGACGGGGUGUCAGGAUGCCAUUGCGUACCUGCUUGGCGCUGAGCGCGCACGCGGCGAGGCGACGCGUGUGGAUGGGGCGAUUCUGCAAGCGCCCGUAUCCGAUCGCGAAUGGUACGAAUCGCAGCGAGACGUCGUCUCUGCGGCUGAAUGGGACAAGAUGGAGGCCGAGCUCGAGCAUGCCACGAAUCUAGUUCGAUCGGGUCAAGGGUCGAAGCUGCUACCGCGCCAAGAGGUUGUGUUGCCCACCCAGCCGGGCGAUGCGGGCGAGGGCAACGCCGCUGCGAUGCAAGAUCCUGCGAUGACAGCCUACCGCCUCUGGUCGCUACGCGCCAAGGGAGGCGACGACGACUUCUUCAGCCUCGACCUCAGCGAUGAGGACAUCACAGCCAAGGACGAGGGCGCAAGGGGAUUCGGAAGGGCCGUAGCAAAUCUUCAAGCUGCAGCAUUGACAGCAAAGAUCCUCGCGCUCAUCGGCGAUCAGGACGACUCCCUGCCCGAAGGCAAUGCAGACCGGCUCCUGGAGCGCUGGACGCGCCUGCUCGGACCCACCGGCGGGUUCGAGGCCAAGAUCCUCCAGGGCGCCAACCACCAAGCUUCGAGCGACGAGGCGACCGCCGCGCUCGCCGAAGCCGUUUCGGCGUUCCUCGCGCCACUCGGCACACAAUCCUGA